AUGGAAGUUCACACAUGGAGGCAAACUCAAUGCAUAGCGCUAUCGAGACAGAACAAAAAUAUACAGAUAUCUAUGCCAGAUUGGAUAAAUGUGUUUAAGAAAGCAAGAUCAAAAAAAGUAUAUAAGAAAGGAAAUAAGAAAGUUGUUAAGAACCCAUACGUUAUGAAAGAAUUCAAAUAUGACGAGUUUAAGGAUUUAAAAGAUCUGGCUGACAAAAUUUUGUUAAACAAAAAAAGAUACGGAAGGAAAGCAAGUUCAGUUGUUAAAGUCAAUAUGUCGGAUUCAGCACCAGCAUCGGCAGCACCUUCUGGCACCUGUGUGGCCGAUGAACAGCGUUCCGGAAGCACUGCCGUCAGCCCAUCCGCUGGUUCCGAAGAGAAAAUGUACGGGGGCUGCGAGGGUCCUGACGCCAUGUACGUGAAGUUAGUGUCAUCGGACGGUCACGAAUUCAUAGUGAAGAGGGAGCAUGCUCUGACCUCCGGCACUAUUAAGGCCAUGCUGUCCGGACCAGGGCAGUUCGCUGAGAACGAAGCCAACGAGGUCAACUUUAGGGAGAUACCUUCCCACGUGCUACAAAAAGUGUGCAUGUACUUCACGUACAAGGUGCGGUACACAAACUCCUCUACAGAGAUCCCGGAAUUCCCAAUCGCUCCAGAAAUCGCCCUGGAACUGCUCAUGGCCGCCAACUUCUUGGAUUGUUAA